UUAAAAAAACGAAAAAGUUUAGAAACUUUUUUUUCUCCGUUAUGUAAACGCUUAUGUAAAGAAUUGUUUUCGCUUAAAUAAGCAAAAAGCUCGUUCUUGUGAUCCCUGACGACGUGUACCUAAAGCUAGACUAGUUUAUAAGAGCAGUAUGUCAGCACUUCGUGAAAUUGGAGUUGUUGUUAUUGGACUUGGAAUAGCUGGAAGAGUCCGUGUCCGUGACUUGAAAGAAAAGACUUGCGGUUUGCGUCUCAAAGGUGUUGUAUCCAGACGUGAGGUGGAUUUAGAUGGAGUACCAUCAUAUACAAUGGAAGAAGCUUUGAGUAGAUCUGAUGUAGAUGCUCUUAUUAUCAGCACUGAACCAUGUCUUCAUGAGGAUUAUGUCAGAAGAGGUCUGGAGAAUGGUAAACAUGUACUAGUGGAAUAUCCAGUUGCUUUAAGUUCUGACACUGCUAAACAACUUUACCAGUUAGCUGAUGAAAAAGGUUUGAUUCUCCAUGAAGAAAACAUCGCACUUCUCACUGAGGGCCACCUGUUAGUCAAAAAUAAAGCAGAGAAAUCUCAGCUGAAGUCAGGGAAAUACACAAUAGCUGGUUCUUAUAACGGUUGGCUUGAGGACUUUGACAAAUCAGGGUUACCAUUUGUGACAGGCAUCUCAAGUAUCCAGAGCGUACUGUCAUUGUUUGGUGAUGCGAAAGUUAUUGGUGGCAAAUUGGACCAAGCAGAGAACAGUUAUACUGCACAUGCUGACCUGGAGGCUCAAGGGAAGCCUAUGUCUAUCACACUUAGCAGAUUUAAAUCCAAUGAAAUGGGCAGACAGAAGCGCACUAUCUAUGAAUUUGAGGAUGGAGAGGUUUUGGAUUCUGAUAAAUUAGAGCAGAAGAUGUCCAAACCAGGACUCUUUAUGAGAGACAUGGAAAACUUUUACGCAGCCAUCCUGGCAGGCAAAAUUCCAGAGGAGCAGAAAAAGAUUUCAAUACACAGCCUAGAGAUAGCAGAGAAGAUUCACUCUUUUUUUUAAAAGAUCUGCACUUUGUGUAACAGCACAGAGAGUUUAGACUGUUCAUUGUUGAUUACCUCCACUUUGUUGAUAUUCUCCAGAGCGAUAUUUCAAAACAUGUUUCCUUUACUAGUACCAAAUGUAUUGGUACUUUAGUCAUUAUAGUUGUGUUUAAAAUAUUAAUAAAUAUAUAUUGAUCUAUUUA